AUGUCCGCGGAUAGGCGGGCUCGAGGCGGCGGCGGCGGGAGCCGAGGAGGAGGCUCCGGACGCUACUCGGGAACCGGGAUCGCCCGCGCCCUGAGCGCUCAGCUCCCUAGGCGGGACCUGACCAACAACAUCACCCUUGAAGAUCUGGAGCAGCUCAAGUCGGCUUGCAAGGAGGACAUUCCCAGUGAAAAGAGUGAGGAGAUCACUACUGGCACUGCCUGGUUUAGCUUCCUGGAGAGCCACAACAAGCUGGACAAAGACAUCCUUUCCUACUUUGAGCACAUCUUUGAGAUCUCCCGCCGUCCGGACCUGCUCACUAUGGUGGUUGACUACAGAACCCGUGUGCUGAAGGUCUCUGAGGAGGAUGAGCUAGACACCAAGCUAACCCGUAUUCCCAGUGCUGAGAAGGACAAAGAUAUUAUCCGACAGCGCUCUGAGGAAGAGAUCAUGCAAUUGGCUCCCCCACGGAAGAAGGCCUGAGCAAGGUGGAGGAAGAGGAGGAAGGUUGGACCUUCAUCAGACCAGUCCCUUCCCUCCAUCCUUCAGAAGAGGGGGCAAGCCUCUCCCCCAUCUACCCAUUUACUAACCUGGUCAUAGCCCC